UUCGGAUACCUAAUAACGUGUGUUUAUGCCGAUGGGGUUGCAGAUGUAGUGCUCUCUUGCGCUCUGGUGGAGGAGGGAGUUGGACUGGGUGGGAUGGCAGGCGGUGCUUUCUUCACUCGUACCCCAGCCACGCUCGUGCUGCGAGAUGUUGCCGUGGGCCCGGAAGAAUCUCUUGAAACGCUCAGUCCGUUUGUUCCGCCUUCAGUCCCUGAUCCAGAGCUCAUCCUGUUUGAGGCCAAAGUGUCUUCCCCCGAGAUCCCCAAUGCAGAAGCGCUGCUCCACGCAGACUGCAAUGAGCAGGAGGUGAUGUGUGAAAUAAGUCGCUACCAACCUCGGGGACAACAGGAAACUUCAGAUACGGCCUAUUUCAUGGUGUCCCUCAAUGUGGAGGGACUUGAACUCAGCUCUUCACUGAUUCUGCAGACCUUGACAGGAGAAAAAUAUCAGUCACAGCUGAUACAAAAUAAACUGGGUCUGCCUCUCAGCCAGUCUGGAACUCUACUGACUAAAGUGAUAUUCCUGGUCUUUUCCAAUAUAAAUUCUGUAUCUGCCCCUCCAAGAGGCGAUGUUCUCCUCAACUGUGGCUUCAAGCAGCAGGAGAUCCCAUUAGACCAGGAAGUGGCUGUUGAAUGGCGCCUGCAGCACAGGGGAAAAGGCCGGAAAAUACUUGAAAUGAAGACCAAACUGGACGAAACAGAAGAGAGUGAAUUGGUGCGUGGUGAGAAGAGGGGUUCGAGCAUGAGUGUUGCUCAGGUCGUCGGUGAGGGGAACGUCUCUUUGUCUCUGACCCAUCUGAAGGUGGUGGAUGAAGGAACCUACAUCUGUACAGUCAGCAUUGGGAACUUUCACGCCCAGCAGGUCAUUCAGCUCCAUAUUACCCAACCACCACAUGUUUCGCUGUCAGAGGAGAAGUUGGUCUUGAAUAAAAAGUCUGACCAGACUUUAAGCUGUCACUGUAACAAAUACUAUCCACUUGAUGCACAGAUGGAGUGGCUCUCCCUCUCUCCGACAGACCCAGAACCUGAGCUCUUUAAAAAUCAGGGAUCCCUGACCAGCCAUCGACAACACGGCGAUGGGACAUACUCGCUGUCAUCUCACCUUACUGUGCCACCCACCCUCUCCCCAGGAACUAAAAUCAUAUGUAGGGUGUCUCACCAAGCCCUGGAAGCUCCUAUGCAUGUCAGUGUGGUGGUAGAAAAUGCUGAACCAGAUUCCUAUUGGUGGAUCCUUGGUUUCCUGGUCAUCACCGUUCUUUUCUUCUACCAGGUCAUGAAA